AUGCUUGACUGCAAACCUACCUUCACUCCCACAGAUUGCAAACUGAGGCUCAAUGCAGAUGGAGAAACCAUGCAUGAUGUGAGUUAUUGCCAAUGGUUAGUAGGGAAACUUAUAUAUCUCACCAUCACAUGUCCAAAUAUCACAUAUGCAGUGAGCUUGGCAAACCAAUUUAUGCACUCUCCUACUGUUAAUCACCUUCACAUUGUUAAAAGAAUUUUGCGCUACCUCAAUGGGUCAAUAGGGCAAGGAAUCAUCAUGCGUAACAAUAAGUCCACUACUAUUAGUGGCUACACAGAUGCAGAUUGGGCAGGGAAUGCACUUGAUAGAAAAUCUACCACAAACUAUUGUACGUUUUUGGGGGGACAGGGCAAUCUUGUUACUUGGAAGAGCAAGAAGCAACAAGUAAUUGCUCGUUCUAGCGCAGAGGCUGAUUAUCGAGCCAUGGCAGCCAUUGCCUGUGAACUUAUUUGGCUUAAAGGGUUUCUUUCAGACUUAAGGUUCCCUACUCCGUCCUCUAUGUCCCUUAUGUGCAACAAUCAAGCAGCCAUACACAUCACUGCCAACCCUGUGUUUCAUGAAAGAACCAAACAUAUGGAAGUGGACUGCCAUUUCAUUAGAGCUCAAGUUUAA